GUUUGUGUUUUCAGUGGUUUAGUCAAUGCUAUACUAGAAAGAUCUUGGAGUCCAGUUAAUGGACUUGUAGUUGAAUUGAUUAAAAUUCGCCUUCUUCUUUUUGUUUACCUUAGAAUGAAGUAUCUAUCUAUUAUCUUUUAUGUAACAUCCAUUUCUAUGAUAUGGAUGCAAUCAAUUAGUUGCAAUUUGUGCAGUUGCAACCAUUGCGAUAACGAUACAGCAGUAAUAAGUAUCGUCGUAACAGAAGACGAUAAUGAAAAUGAUAGUUCAAUAGAAAAUUUUUUGUACAAGGAAGAUUUUGACGGUGAUGGAAGUCGAAUAAUUUGUGCAAGGGAUCGAGAUCAUGAAGAUCGAUCUUUUCCAAGCAUUUGUCACAUGUUGUGUUACAAUGCUUGUACGGAGUUUAACACCAAAGAGAACAACGAAAAGAAUGGAACGUACGACGUGAUAGCAUAUAGAACGAAUUACUAUAAACUCCAUGACGGGCCGUGUCAGCGACAUUACUCAUAGCGAACUAUGUAAUUAACAGAUGAAAAAAAAGAGGAAAUAAUUUACAAUGGUUUGUGAAUUGAUUUACUGAAGGCUAAUUUGUUUAUGAGAAUCGAAAUCAAUUGUUUUCAUGAUUUAAAAUAAAUAUACAUAUUUUUUUUGAAUUAUCCCAAUAUAAAGGUGAAUGAAAUUAGUUGGAAAUUUAAUCAAACUCGAGUUACUUUGUGAUGUAGUGGAAAGAAAAAAAGUUUUAAAUUGAAAUUGGAUGAACCACUCUUGACGUAUGAUUGACGAAAAACUUGUCCAAAUAUAUACAUAUGUGCCCACGCUAUAUUUUUUUUAAAAAAAAAAACUAUUCAUGAAAAAAUAUAUGAUGAAAAUUCCGAAAAAAAA